GGCUGCUUCCGAAACGCGGUGAGGAAUCGGCCAGCUGGGGAGGCGGCCUCGCGAGUAGUUCCGCUCACAGGGCGGAAGUGUGCGCCCGGGUCUCGGCCGCUGACCAGCCAGCAACAUGGUGGCAUCCGUGCUGGAGACAUCUCACGUGUUUUGCUGCCCAAACCGGGUGCGGGGAGCCCUGAGCUGGAGCUCCGGGCCCGGAGGACUUCUAGCCUUCGGCACGUCCUGUUCCGUAGUGCUCUAUGACUCUUGGAAAAGGGUUGUUAUUACCAACUUGAAUGGUCACACUGCUCGAGUCAAUUGCGUACAGUGGAUUUGUAAACAGGAUGGCUCUCCUUCUACUGAAUUAAUUUCUGGAGGAUCUGAUAGUCAAGUGAUUCAUUGGGAAUUAGAGAACAAUCAGCUUUUAAAAGCUGUCCAUCUCCAUGGCCAUGAGGGACCUGUUUAUGCAGUGCAUGCUGUUUACCAGAGGAGGGCAUCAGAUGUUGCAUUACAUACACUGAUCGCUUCUGCAGCUUCCGAUUCCACUGUUCGAAUCUGGUCUAAAGAGGGUUCAGAAGUAACAUGCCUUCAGACCUUGAACGUGGGAAAUGGAUUCACUCUGGCUAUCUGCUUAUCUUUUUUGCCUAAUACUGAUGUACCAAUAUUAGCAUGUGGCGAUGAUGACUGCAAAAUCCGCUUAUUUGUUCAACAAAAUGACCAGUUUCAGAAAGUGCUUGUUCUUUGUGGACAUGAGGAUUGGAUAAGAGGCGUGGAAUGGGCAGCCUUUGGUAGAGAUCUUUUCCUAGCAAGCUGUUCCCAAGAUUACUUGAUACGAGUAUGGAAGCUGUAUAUAAAAUCGACAUCAUUAGAAACUCAGGAUGAUGAUAAUAUAAGACUGAAGGAAAGUACUUUUGCUGUGGAAAAUGAAAGUAUUAAAACAGCAUUUGCGGUUACUCUGGAGACUGUGUUGGCUGGUCACGAAAACUGGGUAAAUGCAGUUCAUUGGCAACCUUCAUUUUACAAAGAAACUAGUUUAUGUUUUUUAGAUGGUGUUCUGCAGCAGCCCAUGAGGUUGUUAUCUGCUUCAAUGGAUAAAACCAUGAUUCUCUGGGCUCCAGAUGAAGAGUCAGGAGUUUGGCUAGAACAGGUUCGAGUAGGUGAAGUAGGUGGAAAUACUCUGGGGUUUUAUGACUGCCAGUUCAAUGAAGAUGGCUCUAUGAUUAUCGCUCAUGCCUUCCAUGGAGCAUUGCACCUUUGGAAACAGAGUGCAGCUAACCCACGAGAGUGGACUCCAGAGAUUGUCAUUUCUGGACACUUUGAUGGUGUCCAAGACCUAAUGUGGGAUCCAGAAGGAGAAUUUAUCAUCACUGUUGGUACUGACCAGACAACGCGACUUUUUGCUCCAUGGAAUAGAAAAGGCCAGUCACAGGUAACUUGGCAUGAAAUUGCACGGCCUCAGAUACAUGGAUAUGACCUGAAAUGUUUGGCAAUGAUUAAUCGGUUUCAGUUUGUAUCUGGAGCAGAUGAAAAAGUUCUUCGAGUAUUUUCUGCACCUCGGAAUUUUGUAGAAAAUUUUUGUGCUAUUACAGGCCAAUCACUGAAUCAUGUGCUUUGUAAGCAAGACGGUGAACUUCCAGAAGGAGCUACUGUCCCUGCAUUGGGAUUAUCAAAUAAAGCUGUCUUUCAGGGAGAUAUAGCUUCUCAGCCUUCUGAUGAAGAAGAACUGUUAACUAGUACAGGUUUUGGGUACCACCAGGUGGCCUUUCAACCCUCCAUACUUACUGAACCUCCCACUGAGGAUCAACUUCUGCAGAAUACUUUGUGGCCUGAAGUUCAAAAACUAUAUGGACAUGGUUACGAAUUAUUUUGUGUUGCUUGUAACAAUUCAAAGACUCUGCUUGCCUCAGCUUGUAAGGCAGCUAAGAAAGAGCAUGCAGCCAUCAUUCUCUGGAACACUACAUCUUGGAAACAGGUGCAGAAUUUAGUUUUCCACAGUCUGACUGUCACACAGAUGGCCUUCUCACCUAAUGACAAGUUCUUACUAGCUGUUUCCAGAGAUCGGACCUGGUCACUAUGGAAAAAGCAGGACACGAUCUCACCUGAGUUAGACCCAAUUUUCAGUCUCUUUGCCUUCACCAACAAAGUCACUGCUGUGCACAGUAGAAUUAUUUGGUCAUGUGAUUGGAGUCCUGAUAGCAAGUUUUUCUUCACUGGAAGUCGGGACAAAAAGGUGGUUGUCUGGGGUGAGUGCGACUCCAGCGAUGACUCCGUCGAGCACAGCAUCGGCCCCUGCUCCUCUGUCCUGGAUGUGGGCGGGUCUGUGACAGCUGUCAGCGUCUGCCCUGUGCUUAACCGUUCCCAACGAUACGUUGUUGCAAUAGGAUUAGAGUGUGGAAAGAUUUGUUUAUACACCUGGAAAAAGACUGAUCAAGUUCCAGAAGUAAAUGACUGGACCCACUGUGUAGAAACAAGUCAAAGCCAAAGCCAUACACUUGCUAUCAAAAAAUUAUGCUGGAAGAAUUGUAACGGAAAAACUGAACAGAAGGAAGCAGAAGACACUGAGUGGUUAUAUUUUGCAAGUUGUGGUGAAGAUCAUACUGUGAAGAUACACAGAGUAAACAGAGGUGCACUGUGAUGGACUUAAUAACCUCAAUCGUAUAACAUUGGUGUCUUAAGAUAUUUAUCAUGUAAAUAGAUAACCUGUCUUUACAUCAUAGUUUCGUUUGUAAGUCCUAUAGGAGUAGUAUGUAUUUGGGUCAGACCCUUUGAAGUAUGAUGAAAGCUUCAGGCUCUUUAGUCAGUGUUGUUACAUAUGCAGACACCCUCAGAACCAUGCCCAUGCUUUCAGGAAUUCAGACCUGCAUCCAUGUGCUCCAAAUAAGAACUUCCGUUCUUUCUUUAUGACCAAAAUUGCCUAGUUGUAUGCUGUUUUGGGCCUUCGCUUUUCUUUCUUUUUUUUAAAGAUUUUAUUUAUUUAUUUUUAGGCUGAGGGGAAGGGAGGGAGGAAAAGAGGGAGAGAGAACACCAAUCAGCCACCUCUCACACGCCCCUAACCAGGGACCUGGCCCGCAACCCAGGCAUGUGUCCUGACCAGGAAUUGAACUGGAGACCUUUUGGUUUGCAGGCCAGUGCCCAAUCCACUGAGCCACAUCAGCUAGGGCUCCAGGGCUGGGCCUUCUCUUUUCAUAUGACCCUCUUUGGGACAUUUCAUUGUUUAUUACCUUCUUCAGAGGGAGGACAUAGAAAACAAAAAGAGAUAAAAGCCAGAUUACUCAAUUUUUAUUUGAACCGUUUUUGUAAAUAAACAGACCACACACAAAGUAUAGUCUUGAUCCCUUCUUCCCAGUACACACCAACCAUUCUAGGAAUUUGGCAGGCGGUUCGGACUUUGAAAUUUUAACAAAUUUCUUUCAUUUGUUAAAAAUACAUGGAUUCUUCUUUUAGGAUGUGACUUUAAUCCAAUAGAGAUGGGGGCUGAAAAGUCGAAUUCUUAAUCAUUUGAUUUUAUGUGAAGUCACAAAUUAGUCAUGAGAGUAACGGAUGUGCUUGACGGAGAAUGAGCAGUGCAAGAGCAGAGGGAAGAAGGUGCUAGAAACAGACUGUUGGGUGUGCCAUCCGAGGUUUGGGAGGUGGGCACAAGGAACGGGUGGAGAGAGGUUAAGAGUGGGUGUGAGAGAGGACGUUUGUCCUGACCCUGUUAGAACAUGGAGUCAUCUGGCAAAUUGGCAAUUAAAUGAAUACUGUACAUAAGUGUGCUGAAAGAUUGGAGGUGAGGACUUUCUUAGUGGGAGUUUAUGCCAUUAUCUAACAAUGACAUUUGCUUCCAAAAAAAGUUAAAUGGCAUUUUGUCUAAAUUGAGGUUUUUAGACAAGCGCUAUCCAAUAUUUCUUAGUCCAAUAGAAAUAUAAUGUGAGCUACAUAUGUAAUUUAAAUUUCUAGUAGCCAUAUAAUAAAGAUUUUAAAAAUCAGGUAAAA